AUUUUCUUUAUAGGUUUACAGUCUUGAGGGCGAAAGUAGUUUGAAAUGUUUGAAUAGAAUUAAAAUCAACGCUGAAUGAAUAAAUUCGGAUUGCAUAGACAUCGAAUUUCGUUAAGUGUCAAGCAAAAACUUUUCAAUUUCAAUUUUGUUCAAAUCGACAAUAUAAAAUUUUCCAAAUAAAUUUCGAUACUACUUGAGCAAGAUAUUGGCACCCAGUUACAUAUGGAGCACUCUCUAUCUUAUACCUAUUCUCUAUCAUCUAUAAACUGCGCAUUGUUAUGCGGUAUUCAAUUCGCGCCGCAAUUGUUACAGUGCAUAUUGGCAUAUUGCGUUUGGUUGGCCGAUGGAGGCAACAACGGUUAUAAAAUAGAAACGUGCCGCCAUUUUGAUUUAACUGUCGCUGUCUAAUUGCAGUUGGUAUCGCGGCUGCGUCCAAUACAAAAUGCCGACGGCGAAAAAUGGGCGCGCUGCUCGCCGGUUUUGGGGUGGGUGUCAACCGCAGCCAGCACGCUCUUGCGCAAGCGAAACAACAACAAGCACAAGCAACGCUGCGCAACGUGCGCAAGCGAGACAGCCAUACACAUGCCAUGUUGGUGGUGGUGGUGUGCUGCCAACCGAUGGGCGGUUCCGUGCAAAAUCUCUCAGCAAAAACAUUUAACAAUGUUUAGCAUAUUUAAUGCUUAUAAAGUCACAUAAGAACGUUAAGUUUUUUUGUAUUAAAGUUUGUCAGUUAAGCCAAAAACAAGUUAAUCUUUGAAUGAAUUAAUGUUGCCUCAGGUUUUGAGAAUUCAAAUCCCAAGCAUUUUUAUUGUAUUAAAAGAAAUAUCAAUAAAGUCGUUUGAACAGAAA